AUGGACAAAAAGAUAAUAGCAGAUGUGUUCUAGAGACAUUUAGAAUAGUUGGUGAGUAGACUGAGUGAUGUAAAUAAAUAUAAAUAUGAGAUAGGACAUUCCAGCAAUAUGUAUAUUAUCUGGUAAGGAAGAUGGAUCAAUAAAGCCUAAGACAAAGGCCCUUUUUGUUUGGUUAUUUGGAUAUGACAUGAUAGAGACAGUAUUUUUGGCCACAAAGAGAUAGAUAUUUUAUUUGGCAAGUGAUAAGAAACGUAAGUUUAUUAAGUGAGUUUAUAGUUCAGAUGAUGGAUGAAACAAAGUAAAAAUUAAGUGGGAAAUUUGAGGUAAAUUUUUACAAGAAGAUGAAUGAUAAUAGAGAAUCAUUUGAUAAGAUUCGAUAGAAAAUAGGGAAUGUAAAAUUGGGAAUGCCAACGACAGAGAAAUAGGCAGGUAGUUUAGCAGCUGAAUGGUAUGAGUAUAAGGGAUGGUAAUGUAUAGUAGAUGGAAGUUAAUUAAUAAGUGAUGUAUUAGCAGUUAAAGAUGAUUAAGAGUAAGGGUUUAUUUAGUAAUCAUCACAAUUGACUACCCGCCUAUUUAAGAAAUUGAUAAAAUAAAUAGAGGAUUCAAUAGAUGUAGGUACAAGGAUAACUCAUUAAGACUUGGCUAAGAAGGUUGAGUAAUCUUUAGAAAAUGAUAAACAAAAAGUGAUAAAGGAAAUAGGAUUGUAAGAUGGAUUGUAUGAUUUUGCAUAUACUCCAAUAAUUUAGAGUGGUGGUAAUUACUAAUAAGUGGAAGCACCAAAUAAAGACUAUUUAUCAUCAGAUGUAAUAAUAAUAUAACUUGGAACUUAAGUAAAUGAAUAUAAUACAAAUUGCAUUCGUACAUUAUUUAUAAAUCCUACUGAAAUUUAGAAGAAAUUGUAUAAUUCUAUUUUUGAGGUUUAAAAUAAAGUAAUAACAAUGAUGACUAUUGGAGUAUCUCUAAAUGUGGUGUUUAAGGAUUGUCUUUAAUUAUUGUAAUAGAAAGUAUAGGAAUUAAAUUUAUAAAAUGUUUAAUUACCAAAAUCAUUUGGAUAUGGAAUAGGUCUUGAAUUGAAAGAAUCAUUUUUAACAAUUACAGAAAAAUCUACUCAUGUUGUAACUAAAGGAGAAGUGUAUUUUGUGACAGUGGUAUUAGAGAAUGUUCCAAAUGGACAGAAGAAUAUAAAUUAUACAAUAUAAGUAGGAGAUGUAAUAGUAAUAACAAAUGGUGCUGCAACAAUUACAACCUAAUAAAUACCAAAGGCUUAUAAAUAAAUAUCAUAUUAAUUGUAAGAGGAAGAUGAGCCUGAGUAGAAACCAGCACCAGUAUAAAAAGAUUAGCCAAUUAGAGCUAGACCACGUAAUUAGUAAAUAUAGAUUUAAAGAGAGAAUGAAAAAUAGAGACAAAUUCAUUAAGAGAAAUUAGCAAAAGAAAAAUAAGCUGAAUUGGAGUUGAGAUUAGAAUAAGAAUAAUUUGUUUAAAAUUAAUAGGAAGUAAAGGCUUUGGAAUUAGAUAAAUUGACAUGUUAUUAGAAGGUAGAAUAAUAUCCAAGAGAACUUUAGAAGGGCUAGAUUUAUAUUGAUAAUUAGAGAUGUGCAUUAUUAGUACCAUUGUUGGGUACUCAUAUACCAUUUCAUGUAUCUUGUAUAAAGAAUGUGAGUAAGAUAGAUGAGGGUAAGAUAGGAUCAUCAAUUAGAAUAAACUUUUUUACUUCAGAGACAACGGCUGGACAGAUUUAAUUUCCAAAGGUAGAUGGAGAGACUAUAUUUAUAAAAGAAUUAUAAUAUAGAUCUAAGAAAUCAGAUCGUCCUUAGAAUUUGAUUUUGCAGAUUAAAUAAUUAUAGAAGAAGGUUAAGGCAGAAUAGUAAGUUGAGAGAGAGAAAUAACAUGUAGGAGAGAUGGAACCUUUGGUUGUUAAUAAAGGAGGCAGAAAGCCAAUAUUUAAAGAUUUAAAAGUAAGACCUACAUUUGGAUCAGGUAAGGCAGCAGGUAUAUUGGAAGUUCACACUAAUGGAUUUCGUUAUAUCCAUUCAAAUAAAGAAUAAUUAGAUAUUGUAUUUAAAAAUAUCAAGCAUUAUAUAUAUUAAAGUCCAGAGUAGGAUAUAAUAGCUGCUUUACAUUUGCAUUUACAUUCUCCAAUAGUAUUAGGAAAACGUAAGACACAUGAUGUUUAAUUUUAUUGUGAAGUAGGAGGAGCAGUAGAGCAUUUAGAAGGAAGAAAGAAAACAAAUAGAAAUGAUGAUGAUGAAAUAGAAGAAGAAGAGAGAUUAAGAAUGCAUAGAAAGAAAAUGGCUAAAGAAUUUGAAGUGUUUAUUAAGACUAUUGAAGAAUUAGGAGCAGAUUAUAAAAUAUCAUUUGAAAAACCUUUUCGAGAUUUAGGAUUUGAAGGUAAUUGGAAUAGAGCGAGAUUAUUUUUAUAGCCUACUCGUGAUACUUUAAUGAAUGUAGUUGAAAGUCCAUUCUUUAUUUUAACAUUAAAUGAAGUGGAAAUAUGUUGUUUUGAACGUAUAAUUCCAGGAAUUAAAUCUUUUGAUUUGGUAUUUGUAUUUAAGAAUUAUGAUAAACCAGUGCUAAGGAUAGAAAGUAUUGAUAUUAAAGAUUUAGAGGGAGUUAAGAAUUGGUUGGAUAGAGUAUUAAAUAAUAUUUAUAUUUUAGAUGAAUCUUCUUUUUUUUGAAGUGGGUUAAAAUUUAGUAUGGAAAAAUGUACUUGCAUAAAUAUAGAAAGAUAUACCAGGAUUUGUUUAAGAUGGAGGAUGGACAAAUAUACUUGCAGAAAGUGAAGAAGAAGGUGAUGAAGAAGAUGAUCCAGAAGCAGGAGAUAGUGAAUUCUCUCCAGAUUAAUCUGUAAUAUAUAUAUAUAUUAUUUAAUAGGGUGAUGAUGGUGAAGAUGAUGAUUCAGAUUUUACAGAAGAUGAUGAUGAUGGAGAUGAUGGUGAUGAUGAUGAUGAAGAUGAUGAUGAAUUAUCUGAUGUUCUUGAUCUCAAUAAUAUUAGUGAAUAAGAUGAAGAUGAUCAAGAUUCAGAUUCUGAUUCAGGUAUUCUAUAUAAAUAUCAUAGAUUAAAAUAAAAGAAAACAUAAACAUAAAACUUAAUAAUAAUCUAAACCAUAACCUAAACCAUAACAUAAACCUUAAAAUAAUAAACCAUAACCAAAACCACUUCCUCGUUCAACUCAGCCUCAAAAACGUUAACCAACCAGAAAAUGAGUAUUAUUAAAAUUUUAUUCAUUAUUUUUUAUACUUAAUGAAU